UAUUAAUUCAACUCCCUGCUCAGCUGCCACUUCAUUUUCGAGCCUCCUUGUAUCAAUAUCCUCUUUUUCGCUCUCUUUUUCUUACAAUUUUUCCUCUUACCAGAGUAUUCCAAAAACACUGUAAAUUCCUAGAAUUUCGCCAAGGAUUCAGCCACGUUGCUGUUUUCGAGACUUGGUCAUUAUAAUUUGGCGUGGUCUGAAAAUGGGGAGGCAGUCUUGCUGUUACAAGCAGAAGCUAAGGAAAGGCCUUUGGUCUCCCGAAGAAGAUGAGAAGCUCUUGAGGCAUAUUACUAAGUACGGCCAUGCUUGCUGGAGUUCUGUCCCUAAACAAGCUGGCCUGAAGAGGUGCGGAAAGAGUUGCAGAUUGAGGUGGAUUAAUUACUUAAGGCCCGAUUUAAAGAGAGGCACAUUCUCUCAAGAAGAAGAGAAUCUCAUAAUCGAACUUCAUGCAGUUUUGGGGAAUCGGUGGUCCCAAAUCUCCACACAUUUACCGGGAAGAACCGACAAUGAAAUUAAGAAUCUAUGGAACUCUUGCUUAAAGAAGAAGCUUCGGCAGAGAGGCUUUGUCCCUGUCACUCAUAAACAUCUCUCGGAGGUUGAAAAUGGAGAAGACAAGAGUGAACACACUAAUAGCCUGGAAAUGGCUUCAGGGGCAUCUACUCCCAAACCUGGAACAGCUUUAUAUGAACAAAGACUUGUUCAUCUGUUGGAGAUGGAAGGAUGUUCCAGCUCCAUGACGAUCAACUGUAUUAACAAUUUGAUGGCAUCUACUCCCAGCAAACACUUGUUUCUCGAUAGAUUCGCCAUCACGAGCACCGACAGCCAGUCUUCUAAUUUGGUGGGUCGUUUCCCGAUUCAACAAUUGAACCACGCAUCAUCGUCUAAUGCAAGGCUCUUGUCUUCUUUAAACCCUACUCCCUGGUUCACUCAAACCAGCAAAGCUUUCGAUAUCGAUUCCGAUCUUUCUUCGACUUCCAUGUCUACCCUUCUCCCACCAUUGACAAGCUCAUCGUUCCUCUCUUCCCCUAUGUGUUUCAAUCCUUCGAUGGCUUCGUUUACCGUAAAUAACAAUUUCGCUUGGGGAAUGGCGGAUUGUAGCACAUCAGAGAAAGAAGGAACUCCAAUCAAUCUAAUGGAAAGCCAAGCCGAAGAAAUGAAGUGUCCAGAAUAUCUCAAUAACCCAUUGUUAAUGGCGGCCGCUAUGCAAAAUCAAACUCCGCAAUCUGGGUUAUACAAUAUGGAGAUAAAAUCAGAAACACCUUGCUCAACAGAUAACAGUUUAUCGAACAGUACGUGGCCUCAUAAUCAACAGCAGCAGCAACAACAAGAAGGAGAUGGACAUAUUUAGCUUUGCAUUUUAUGGUGACAAACAUCUGCAACAUAUCCAAAUCUCUCUCUUUUGUAACAUCUUUAUCAACCUUUUUCUUUCGCCUUCCCCUUUAAAUUUAGGUGACUUUCAGUAAAUUGAAUCCAUUAAUUAGUUAGUACCUUCAAUUUACAUU